UAGACGCUCGUGAAGUUAAAAACUUUUAGUGCGGGGCGUUUGUCCGCAUUGUUGCAAAGCAACAACUUUGCAAACAGUCGUUUCCUCAAUCAAAGCCACCGCGCUGACCACAUAGCUGAGAGAGAAGAAGGACUUUCAUAUUUUUGACAUCAACCGGAGCGGCUUCCACCAAGUUUUUCAGGGCAUUUUUGUGAAGACUUUUCAUGCUGGAGCUUGAAAGUGGCUUCCUGCAGACCCAUUUACGGUGAGGAAAAUCUCAGAGAAAAAACGAAAAAAUUGCAACUCACCCACUUACAUCCUACCGGAGGCUGCAGGGAAACCCAAAAUGGCUCAAAGAUUCCGCAUUCUUCUGAUACUUCUGGCAUUAUGUUGCAUAACGUCUGCAGGGCCUUUGUCUCGCAGUCCGUGCGAGCUGCUGCCGGUCGGGACAGGACACCCUGUGCAAGCCGUCCUGAAGAGCUUCACUGUCAUGUCAGGCUGUGCAAGCAGGGGCACUGUGAGCCUGCCUCAGGAGGUGCACGUCAUUAACCUGAGAGGACAUGCUGCGGAGGGCCCAAACAGCGCUCCAGCAAAAGUUGAGCUGCAUCUCAAGCCCAUCCAGUCCAUGCGCCAGCACCAGAAGCCUUUGGUCUUUGUGCUAAACUCCCCCCAGCCGGUGAUAUGGAAUGUCAAGGCAGAGAACCUGGCGCUGCACGUCCGACAUAUCUUUCAUGUAUCACAGGGCUCAGAGGUCCACUUUAAGCAGGCAAACUUCUCGCUCAACACUGAGAUCCUGGAGAAGACUCUUCCCCAAGGCAACGAGCAGCUCCUCAACUGGGCCCAGAAAAAGUACAGGGCAGUCACCUCUUUCUCUGAGCUCAGGAUGACUCAAGCCAUCAACAUCAAAGUUGGAGAAGAUCCAGUGUUUUCUGACACUUGCACAAUUGACACCAAGUUCCUGUCUCUGAACUACCUGGGCAGCUACGAGGAGCCACAGACGUCCAAGGGUUGCAUCCUGUCUGUGCCUGACAAGGACAAAGAAGUCCACAUCAUUGAGCUGCAAGCCCCGAACUCCAGCAGCGCUUUCCAGGUGGAUGUCAUUGUGGAUAUAAGGCCUCUGAAGGAUGAUGGCUUGGUGUUGCGAGAUAUCGUCUUGGUGCUCAAAUGUGCGAAGUCCGUGCACUGGGUUGUCAAAGCCCACAAUGUAAAGGGGAUUCUAAAUGUUGUGGCUUCUGAUACAGUGAGUGUUAGCUCACAGAUGAAAGAGGAAACAUCCCCGAGACAGCUUUUGCCGUCAGGAUCACAAGCCUUAAUCAAGUGGGCACUAGAUAAGGGCUACAGUCCAGUCACAUCUUACACCAGCACCCCUAUGGCCAACCAUUUCAACAUCCGAGUGCGAGAGCAAGAUGUGGUGGAUCUUGUGGACAGCAGAUUGCCCCCUGAGCUGUCCAUCCUGCGUCAUUCCAGCCCUCUGCCAGAAAAAGGACCUGCGCAACGACGCUCCAGUCUGCCCUUUUCAUUUCCUGCACACUUGCCUAUCAAUAUGCCCAACCUCAACUGGGAAGAUACAGAGUCAGUGGAGGAAAGAAGCCUUUUGGAUGUUGGACAUAGCGUACAAUGUGUGGACAACAGGAUGGUCAUCAGCAUUGACAAAAAGAGCUUAGAAGUGAAUGGAUUUGCUAAUGCCACUCUCACACUGAAAGACCCAAAAUGCAAAGCAAAAGUCAACGCAACCCACUAUACGUUGGAAACAUCUCUGACAGGAUGUAACACCACUGUGUUUCCAAUGUAUGAUAGCCCAAUGGCCAUUCAUUUCAACUCAGUGAAAGUGAAUCCGUCUGAGACACAGGAUUAUAAAGAUCUAGACUCUGCAGAUGAGGUGUUGCUCAAACACAGAGAGGAUGUGGGGAGGUCACAUAUGGAAACUUUGAUAGAGUUCAACUGCACAUACAGAAAAAGCAAGGAUGUCUCAAAAUCUAUGCCUGGUUUUGAGAGAAAUCCGGUUCCUCCCAGACCGCCGGUCAACGACAUAAGUCUUGAGAUGGAGCUGUACGACACUCAGUAUUUCAACAGUCCUUCACGCCAGGCUUUCUUCACAGUUUUUGACCAGAAACAAGUGUUUGUGCAGAUCACAUCAACCGCAUCGGACCCGGACGUUGGGCUCACCAUCACCUCAUGCUUCAUUUCUCCCAGCUCCAACCCUGCACUGCACUCUGACUAUAUGCUUAUUGAGACAGUUUGCCCCAAGGAUAACUCAUUUAAAUGGACCCAGAAUCUUCAGAUGGACAUCCAUUUUUUUCCUCAAAAGAUGGAGAAAACAUUUAGCUUCACAUUCAACUCAAAAUUUAACAUAUCAUUUAUUUUCCUGCACUGUGAAAUGUCUCUGUGCUCAAAGGGGUCUCGAAGGAACCUGGAGCUACCACAGUGCCUGGACCCCAGCAACCACUGUGCUUCUGUGACUGUGGACAAAAUCCUUCCGUUGAUGAUGAACAAAAAGGUGUUGACGAAACAAAUGCUUGUGACUGAUGAAAAUGGAGGACCUAAAGAUCAUCCUAACCGUAAUUCAGAACCAGGUCCUAGUAAUGAAGCUGAGCUGUUUCUGCUGGACACCACCACAGUGGUGGGGAUUGCCUUCGCUGCCUUUGUUAUUGGGGCUCUGCUGACUGGGGCCCUGUGGUUUAUCUACGCACACACAGGUGGAACAGCUGGCACCCAGGCCGUCCAGAAGCCGCAGCCUGCCUCGCAGAACAGCAGUGCAGCUCACAGCAUAGGCAGCACGCAAAGCACGCCAUGCUCUAGCAGCAGCACAGCAUAGCUCAGGACGCCGCCCAACAAGACGCACACGGAUCGGCUGCAGCACCUUCCCAGUAACUGGUUCCUGGUCCUCCUGGAGCAUGAUCCAGAAAACAAGAACAGCAUGAGUACAUCAACAAAUGUGCUGUGAUGAUUCUGAGACACAUCUCAGCACAAGAGAGAUCUUAUCAGACUUUUUUUUUUAAAUCCAAAUGCUGCUUUUCUGAUCACAGUACAGCCUUUUUGUUGUGUCCUUAAAUGGUUUGAUUUCAGUCAGUUUGCUCCAACAAUGAGCAAACACAGUGGGGCUGCAGAGGUUAGGAAGUGAUAUGUUGAUGGCCGGACCACACAUUACUUUAACACAUGCAAGCUUGAAAGUAGCAAAGGAGCAACGCAACCACUAUUAGAAUAAGGAAAAAAGUACAUUAUGAACUUAUCUGUCGCAUAUCCUGAAGAAGAGAGACCAUGGUGGUGCUGAAUGUGUGAGAGAAGAACAAACACCAACAAAUGUGAAACAACAGUGUAAAAUGACUCCACAAUACUUUGCCUAUAUUAUGGGUCACAGUGGACUCAGUAGAUAACACAGUACAUAGGAGUUGCUCUAGGUCCAAGUUUGAAAUGUCCACGAGUUAAUCCAACAUUUCAGCCACAUGUAAAAGAAUCUGCUGAGAUUAAAGGAAAAGACUGAUCCUUGUUUUGUGUCUGUGUGGUAAACAGUUUGACUAGCUUGGCUUUGUGUCGUAGCUGGAAACUGCUGGUCCAAAAUGCGUGUAGGUCAGAAGGAAUCCUAAACAUCCAAGCUGUCAUUUUAAUUCAAUUCAGUUUAUUUCCAAAGCACCAAUUCACAACAAACAUCGUCUUCUGGCACUUUAUAAAAGAACAAAAACAAAAAUGCAAUUAAUGCACAGCAAUACAUAGUCGGCUCGAUCCAAUCAUUCAGACAGAUUCAAAGUCAGUCGCAUACAUUCCAAUAUGACCCUAGGUGUUAAACAAUACAGUCAAGUUCAGUUUAUUAUUCCAUUUGUUGUGUGGUUGACUUUUGAGCAUUUUUCAAACACUGAGCCGUUACGUUGCUAAGCCAAGCUGCCCUCUUGCUUGCAUCACCAUCCUUCAGACACAAAAGUGGUCUCAGUCUUCCUCUCAGCUGUCUCUUUUAUUCCCUAAUGUGUUGUAAUACAGUGCUGGUCAGAAGUUUACAUACACUUAUUGUUAGAAUGAAUGUCCUAAUAAUUUGGGGCUUUAAAUGAUGUAUUUCAACUAUUCUUUUUUGACUUAAAAAAAAAACUGUAGUUGUGAGAAUUACUCAUACAGUACAGUCUCAAAUAUGCACCGCUGCUAAUACUCGGAUAAAUGUUUCUUAGUGAUUUGCAGAGAAACAGACUUUUGUAUCAUAACCUGCUGGCAUAAUUCUGGCUGUAUAUUUGACAAUGUUUGCUGUACAAUCAGUCCAUUCUGGAAAAAGAGCAGUUCAAUUUAAUUAUUAGAAGCCCCAAGUUAAGCUGACAUUAAUGCAAAUUAUGACUGUAUGUAAACUUUGCUCAAAACUGUCGAGUUGUAGAUUUAUGUGAAUAUUGUAAAUAGGCGAAUGUGUUUCAUUGUAGCAUUUGUGCAUAAUUCUCCUCUGCUUUAUCUGUGCCUGUUCCUUUUUUUCGUUUUCUUUUUACCUGAGUAAUCUGAUCCAUGGUGUUCGACUGACAACAUUAGCUCAGCCAUAUUUGAAGAAUAUACCAACAAUCACAGUUUAGAAUGUGUUAGCUGUGGUUUGGCUUUCUGUCCUUUAAGCAUGCUGCAUAUUGUCACAAGAUUGGACAGGAUCCCAUGAUAAAAUGGAGAAGAACUUUCUAUAAACUCUCUGUCCCAUUUAUCGGACAAAACAUGAGGUAUUUUUUUGUCAGAAGACACCAGGCGUUCAGUGUUUGGAUCUCCUUUGCCCACUUGUUUUUGUGUAAAUCUUGGCACUGAGUGUGUUGUAUGAGCUGUAGCCAAAGCUCAUUGUUGUUCCACAUAUAUUUUCUACAACACCACAAGCUCCCCACCGCCUUACAAGAAUAUGAAUGUUUGCUGAGUGUGUCUCUGUGUGUGUAUCAGACUGAGUGUGUGCAGGGGGACAAACAGGGGUCUUGAGUGGGAUAGGAGAAGAGAACAGUUAACGCGGAAAUUAACAAGAAAAGGACACAAUGCUUUUUAUCUCAAAGUAGAUUUUAUUUUUCUUCUCUUUUCUCGUGUAAACUUGUGUACAGCGUUCUAAAGAUGCUAUAAAUAAAUAUAUUUGUGUAUAAGAUUAUAUUUUGGAAUGUAUUUACGAUGUAUUUGUCAUCUGUGUGUGGAAGUACUGUGAAGUGAAAUAUAUAACAUGGUUUGGGAAAUUUUUUGUAGAAUAUACAUAAAAGUGUCAUGACUUGUUUAUGAAAAUGCAAUUCAGUAAAUGAUUAUAAUAUAAAGUUGUCAGUAAGAGCUGUCUUUUAUAAACGAUAUAUACGUAUUUUACGUUUGUCUUUCUCUGUGAAACUUUAUCAUUAGACCUCAGUAAUAUGUGCAUGUAUUGCUAAUGUACACCCCACACAGACUGGUCACACUCAUACUUCAAAAUGUACUAAGAUAUACGUUUUUCGAAAGACAUUUCAUAUCAGAGAAGAUUAGCUGAAACGUUUAGACAGCCUAUAAUAUCCCAACCUGUUUGGGUUCCCCUCUCUGAACAGAAUCUCCCUCUAAAGAAGGACAUAGUAAAACAUGAACCCAACUCUGUGUGUUGCGUCCAUAUUAAAACUGAGGCUUUCUGAUUGCUGUGUCAUGUACAGUUUGGAUGAACUGAUGCUGCACCAUAUUAAACCACAGCCUCCAACACAACUAGUAGCACUCUUGGGAAAGAUGAGCAAAAAGCCUUAAAUGUAUCUUUUAUUGGUGUAGCAUUAUCUCACUGGAAAGGUAGCUGCAGUUCUCCAACAAAACGGUUUCUAUUGUCCCCCUUCAGUUCCUAAGUCAAUGCUCAGACUGUACACAUAGGCAAGCUUAGGCCAGUGGCUAUUUACUGACAUAAAGAACAUCCCCACACAUCUGCAUGCAUAAAUAACAUGUUCACUUGUCUUUUUUGGGGGUAAUCAUAUUUAUUGCCCACAGAAACAGGAAGUGACGGAUUAGCAAAACUUUCUGGAAAAACUCUGAUCAGUUAAAAAAAGUAAAGUAUAAAUGACCAUAAGUAUAAGUUACAUUUAUUUCAUAACAUUUGUUAAGUGUAGCAAUACGUGGUUUUAUAAAAACAAUCAUUCUUCAAUGUGGGAUUUUUAUAAAUGUUCUCAAAUUAAAAGUUAGGGAUUUUUUUUCAAAUAUUUUCAAAUGUGAAAUUAUGCUUGCUUCAAUAAAAGGUGCAUUUAUUUUAAUGCUUUUUAUACAUCUUUACCAACAUGCAUGGAGGACACCAUGAAUCCAUGGAUCUAUUGAUUGUAUUUUUUAAGUGAUCUGACUACCUCAUGUGUUUCUUUGAAUGUAAGGUUUGUAUGCCUGUAAGUAUGUUAGUGCUAUAGGUUAAACAGCAGUUUGUGAUUUAAGGCUCAAUGAAAAUUUUAUCACACUUGGUCAUUUUAAAUAAAUCUGAAAGCAAACAUUAAUGCUAUGAUAACCUUUUUUGUGAGCCUCUGUAAAUGUAUUAACCUCUAAGUUAGCCAUUUAUUUUCUUCAUUUUGUCCAUAAAACCUUUUAUAUGUUGUAAAUAUGCAUGACCCUUGUAUGCCCAUUAUGACCAAUAAAUAUUUCACAGUGA